AUGCCGCGCUCGGCAACGUACGAGACCGUUUAUCCAAUCACCGCCGAGCAGUACUACGACCUCAUGCUCUCCCGAUCGUUCCAGCGCGAUGUGCACGUCCACGGCUUGCGCAUGUCCCGCUGGGAAGCUGAGGACGUGCACGACGGCUCGCGGUCGUGCUCGAGGACGGUGUACAGCGAGCCGCGAUUGAACCUCCCGAAAUGGCUCGCGCGGGUCGCUCGGAAGUCGCAGGCGUACACCGAGUACUCGAGAUUCGACCGGGAGGCGCUGCGGCGGACGACGCGGGUGGUGCCGAAAUACGCAGCGAACAUGAUGGAGAUGAGCGUGGAGGAGCGAUACGUCGACCAAGCGACGACGCCGAGAGGCGAGCGAUUGUGCGUGGUAUACUCCACCGUACGGGUCAGAGCGAAGGCGCGUUUAUUCAGGAAUAUGUUUGAAAAGUGGUUGUUGGAGCAAAGCGCGCUAAAGGUUGGGCAGCGUGACGGGUACGUAUUGAACGCGUUGAAAGAGCGCAGUUUAGCGGAUUUGAUGGGACAAGCGGACGAGGAGACGGACGGGGUCGUUGAUGGCGAGGGGUUCGAUACGAAGGAUACGAAGGAUCGUUGCGCGUUGGUUCGGACGGUUGUCGCGACGGCGUUCAUCGCCGCGGCUCAGUUCUUCGCGCGAGAGCUCAAAGCGCGUGAGCGACGAAAUAGCAAUCGUCGAUAG